GCGCCAUUCACACACCUCCAAACAGAACGAGCGGCGGCAGGUGCCAUGAAUGCGCACUCAGGGGUACACCACUGUGCCACUGCGUAAGUGAGUUUUUCACUUUGGAACGAGUUCUCGUCAAACUCCAUUUAAUUUAUUUUGAAAUGGAUAUGUUGGAUGAACUGAGUUUCAAAUCCAAGAAAAUGGAUUUGGAGGAGGAGGACUUCUACUACGAUUAUGGGGCGGAGGAAAUUACAGAUUACCAGGACCCCGGUGAACUUGUGGCUGCUCUCAAACAAAAGGAGGAAGAGGUUAUUUUGGCAGCCCAGCUUGGAAACGCACUGCUCCUGGAAAACCAACAGUUGAAAGAGCAGAGCGUACAACUUCAUGAGCAAUACGCACACAAACUUGAGGAGCUGGAACAGGAAAAGCAUGAGCUGCUGGUAAAGCUGGAGGGGUGCCGUUCCCAGUGGGAGAGCCAAGUGGGUGACCUGGAGCGGGAUGUUAGGGAGCUGAGUGACCGUGUGGAGCACCUCACCUUGGCCCUUAGUGAGGCUGAACGCAACAAAACUCGAGCGGAGAUGGAACACAGAGAGAACACACAGCGCCUCAAGGACCAGCUCAAUGCAGCAGUGGAGAUAGAGAGAGCCAUGUCCAGUGAACUGCAGGCUUUGAAACAAGAGCUCCAAGAGAAAACCAGUCAAGACCGGCAACAGGAUGAGGAGCUAAUUAGUGCUAUGAAAGAACAGGUAUUACGGCUCACACAAAAAGAACAAACUCUUGAAGAACGUUUGGAGAAAGUGUCUCAUGAAAAUGCAGAGCUAAGAACCACUUUGGCAUCUUUAAAUGCACGUUUAUCUCUUCAAGAGCAACUGAACCAGCAGCAGAGCCAGCAGUUGGUCGAGGCCUGGCAGGAGGUGGAAGCCGUCCGUGGUCGCUCACACCAGCUGCAGGCUCAGGUGGAGGAGCUUCAAGAGGAGGUAUCUCUGCAAGAAGCCAAGAGCCAGGGAGAUGCCUCUCUGUUGUCCGAACUGGAGAGCAGCCUCACUACAGCUCACCUGGGAGUAGAUAGAAAAGAGAUAACUCAAGAAAUGGAAUCUAUUCUGCAGUUGUUACAGCCGCUUACCCACAACCUCAGCAGCACCUUUACUCCAGACAUUACAAAUCAACAGAGUGACUUGGAAACAGCUCUGCAUCAGUUAAAAGCAGUGGCUCAAACCUUAGCACAAACAUGUGACACGCAGGGGCAAAAUCAAGCUUUUGUUGGACAGACGGCUGAGCAGUGUGGGAAACGCAGCACAGAAAAGCUGAGAGAUCAGAAUAUUCAGCUGCAGAAUGAAAAUGCUGAAUUAAUGCAGAAGCUGCAGUGUAUACAGUCCCAGGCUGAUGUGGUUCAACAGGCCAUCAAAGAUCGUGAUGAAGCCAUCGCUAGGAAAAACAUGAUGGAGGCUGAGUUGGUGAGAAGUAAAAAUGAUAUGAUGUGUCUGAACAACCAGUUACUUGAAGCAAUCCAACGGAAGCUUGAACUGUCACAAGAGCUGGAGGCCUGGCAGGAUGACAUCCAGAUCAUCUUGAAUCAGCAGCUCAGGUCCCAACAGCAGACAGAGCAAGUUCAGAAUAAGACUACUUCCAACAGCUUGUCAUUUUUCCGUCGAUCGAACAGGAUCUCGAACUCCACUUGGAGUCAAGACUCAAAUGGACACAAGGCCCAAUCUCCCUGGAGAGACUGGUUAAGACGAGGGAAGGGGGCCCAAUAUGGCAAGUAAUGGACAGUUGUCAUAGCUCUUACCCUCUUUUGUGGUGAAGAGUACCUUAAACUCUAAAGAACUGACAAGUGGUCAUAUUCAAGCCAUUAUGGACAAAGACUUGUUAUACAAGCACUAAAACACAUUUGAUUUGAGGGCAAAGCCUUCUCCUAAAACUGUGAUUUCCAGAAAGCAUUAAGUUCCAUAUUACAUGGAAAUAUGCCAAUGUAGAUAUUGUACCUUAUUUGAUAAUAUUGAUAAUGAUAAUUUUAUAAUUGUAUGCAUUUAUGCUUAUCCAUGUCAUAUAAGUAGUUGUACUGAAAUGUAAAGUGAAAAGGUUAGUUUUAGUAAUUAUUUAACUGAAUGUUAGAUAAUGAAGCAGGAUUUUGUAAAAUAUGAUUAAAGAUUAAAAUACACCCUUUGUCUUGUUAAUUGAAGGUUGCAUUUUCUUUAUUCAAGUAAUUUUGUUUUAUCUUGCCUACAGGAUGGCCUGUGACCCUAGGUUUAAAUGUUACUGUACUAAAUUAUGCCACAGUGCCCACUGUA